UGGUCCCACCUCUCAUUAGGACCGGGUAGUGUAGUGAGGGUUUUCUUUUAGUUCCUAGCAGACGGGGCCAUUUCCUUAGUCCAACGAAAUUAUACCGUAUUCCCCCUUGUUUCAUUUCAAGGACUCUAAUUUAACAUCACUCAUGGCGGCGAACACAGGCACCUCACUCGUGCUGUCCAGUCUGCUCUCAGUGCUGGUAUUUGCUGGGAUGCAGAUGUUCAGCAAGCAGCUGGGAUCUACUGAGUGGCUCACCAUUCUGGGAGGUUUCCUCGGCUCAGUCCUCUUCAUCUGCUCCCUCACCGCAUUUAAUAAUCUGGAGAACCUGAUGUUUGGGAAGGGAUUCCAAGCCAAGAUAUUCCCAGAGAUUCUCCUCUGCCUGUGCCUGUCCCUGUUUGCUUCUGGUCUGGUACACCGCGUCUGUGUAACAACAUGUCUUAUCUUCUCUCUCUUCGCCUUGUACUACAUCAACAAAAUAUCUGCUGCCCUUUACCAAGCAGCUGUUCCUGCAGUUACACCAGCCAAGGCUGCUAGCAAGGGCAAAAGGAAGAACUAAUACAUCUGUGUGGGAUCAUGCUAACCAGUCAUUAUCAUCCACGUGCAGAUGACCAGUGCAACAGUGUCGUGCAGAUUUUGUCUCAAUAAUUUCUUAAAUCAACGACCCUAUUUGCAGAAAAUGUGGUUUCUUUUUUUACAGUGAUAUAAAUCUGAAUAUUCUUGGUAUACUUCAUGUAAGGCCCGAAAUAGAAAUACCUGAACAGUUAUCUACAUUCCUUUUCCUCAGCACUGUUGUUACACCGGUUGUGAAGAGAUUCAUCGUACCAUCAUGUUGUUUGUACUGUAUUUUCAACGGCACAUGAACUUGCUUUUUUUGUUUAAUUCAUUUUGUAAUUAAACUCUGUAAAGGAC